UUACCGAAUAACCUCAUUCAUUCGCAAAUUAUCAGUAGUUGGGAGUUUAUUUUGAAGGAGUUCGUGCGAUAAUAUCGAAAGUAAAUAAAAGUGAGAGUGUUUUUUAUAGUGAAUAAGUGGAACUGUUACACACAAUUAAGGCCAUAUGAAACAGUCGAGAUGAUUGACCAGAAUUUUGUAGAAGUUAAUCAAAUAAACAGCUUCCUCGCAUUCAUAUGGAGUAUUGACUGGCGAGAUCCUUGGUUAAUUGGUCUUUGCAUUUUCCACGUAUCCGUAACGCUCAUGGCCAUUUCGACGAGGAAUUAUGGAAACUUUCAGGCGAUACUAUUCUUCUGUUUAAUAUUAUUGGUAUAUUUUUCUGAGAAUAUAAAUCAGUUAGCCUCAACAAAUUGGAAAAUAUUCUCAAGGCAACAGUAUUUCGACAGCCGAGGGUUAUUUAUAUCGGUUGUUUUCUCUGUUCCCAUACUACUAAAUUGUAUGAUAAUGAUGGGCAGCUGGUUAUGGCAGUCGAGGCAGUUAAUGAUAACAUUAAAAACAGCGCAAUUAAGAGAACGUUUGCGCCAGGAACGACAACAACGAAAGUUAGAUAAAUUAAAGGAACAAUAGCUAUUUAAGUCUUUUGUUUAUUAUUUAAUAUAAGUGUAUACCUUUA